AUGGAAGAUUACUGCUUCCGGUACCCAUCUGAGGUAGUCGUGGGAGACACUAUCGAAUGCUUUCCGAAAGUCAAGCCAGCCCACAGUGAUGGAGUGUUGCUUUUGCGCGGUGGCAUCCAUUACCGUUGCCUUGUCGACGAUCAACGCAUGGGUGCACCCCCACUCCUGCUUUCGCAAUGCCCUCUGGUUGAUGGGUAUGGCAUUGCCUCUGCUCAAGUGCUUCAGGGUGAUGGCAUUCACUACCGCCGUGAGCAGUUUAUAGCAUGCGUUGAGGCAUGUUAUUGGGCGGUAGUUAGAAGGGUUAUCCUUUGCACCCUCUUUGGGGAUCAGGACAGUGCGUCCACGGCAUAG